AUUGAGCUUAAUUGUGAGGACACUCCAAAAGCAUGUGAGAAUUUUCUUGCUCUGUGUGCAAGCAGUUACUAUGAUAAUUGUGUUUUUCAUCGAAACAUCAAAGGUUUUAUGGUACAAACAGGUGAUCCUACAGGAACAGGAAAAGGAGGUAAAAGCAUCUGGGGAAAAAAGUUUGUUGAUGAGCUGAGUCCAUCACUGAGGCAUAAUGCAAGAGGAACAGUAUCAAUGGCAAAUAGUGGACAAGAUACAAAUGGAUCACAGUUUUUUAUCUGUUAUGGCAAACAACCUCAUCUCGACAUGAAAUACACAGUAUUUGGAAAAGUGAUUGAUGGGUUAGAGACCCUUGAUGAUUUAGAGAAACUCCCUGUAAAUGAGAAGACAUACCGCCCACUCACUGAGGUGCGAAUAAAGAAUGUGACCAUCCAUGCAAACCCUAUUGCAGAUAAGAGUGGAUGAAUCAAUCCAACAGGAAAGUUACGGUGUAAGCCUACCACUACUUACUGCUUACUGCCAAACAAGGACAGUGGUGUGUGCUAUCAGACCAGCAACACUGGAGGGAACAACUUCACAAUCAAACAACGCAAGAUGCAACAGAAAACAAUCCUAAGAGACUGUGUUAAGAAAACAUUUUAUUUUGGGACAAAUUUUGUAUAAAAUGUUUUUGUCUUUGUCUUUACAGUAUAGUUCUCAUACCUUCCAUUCUCAAAAAACCAUGAAUUAUGCAGAGUACAGAGUAAAUCUUGUCAUAUUCAUGUGCAUUAAAUCCAAUUAAAAUAGUAUGUUUGUGUUCCCAGUGAG